CAAUUUAUUUCAUUUCUUUUUGUUAGUCUAAAAACGAAGUUAUUUAAAACUGCAAUAGCCAAUUUAAUUUUAAACCAUAAUUAUAGUAAUUUUUAAAACGUCAAAAUCAAAACAAGUGAUAGUAAAAUAAAACACUUUAAUGAAGAAUGAAAUAUGAAACCUUAGCAAACAAGAACUUGAAUGAAACACAACAGGUUCUUCAGAUGGGGAAGACAUUAAAUCACACAAAUUCUUUUUGUUCCAACCAAUGCUGAGAAAGCCCACUAACGUCUAGUUUAGUAAUCUGACGCAAAAUGUUUUAGAGCGUUUUGGUAGAUGCAAAAGCAUUUCUAAGAAAUAUACGAUGUAUAUCGACAUACGAAGUACAGCUUUUGGUUUAUUUUAAUAUUUUACUGUACAAUUUAAUUUAACGGUAAUAUCGCACUGUUUUGCUAUUAUUAAAAUAUGUAAAAAGUAUCAAAAUCCCUCGUCUUAGUUUCUGACUUGUUUGUAUUGGUUUCUUUUAGUUUCAAUUAGUAUGACCUGAACAUCGAUACAUUUUAGGCAUCGCUAAUAUCACAAUUGCUUAGUAUUCAUUAAUCAUGAAAUAUUCAGAAUAAAUUAGCAACAUAUUAUCAGCCAACGCAAGCUUUAUUUAAGCACAACAUUAAUUCUAAGUUUUCAGUCACUUUAAGUACGCUAUACAAAUCAGUCUCAAUAUCGCAAAAUGAACACGACAGUGGAAUUGUUCUUUGGAUUACCUCCACCAGAUCCUGAGACGAAAAAUUUUCCUCUUCUUGGUUCGCAUUGGCCCCUCACUACAAUUAUCACGGUGUAUUUGAUAUUUGUCUUGAAGCUUGGACCAAAAUUUAUGGAGAAUCGCAAGCCAUACAAUCUUACGUAUGUCUUAAACUUCUAUAACAUCUUUCAAGUGAUAUAUAAUUCGAUUGUCUUUGGUUUGGCUUUUUAUUACCUUAUAAUUAAUCCAGUAUAUGACUGGAGCUGCAUGAUACGUCUUUCGCUCGACCAUCCUAAAAAGAAUGUGGAACGCUGGAUAGGUUACGCAUACUUUAUUAAUAAGAUAAUAGAUCUAUUGGAUACCGUUUUCUUCGUUCUUCGGAAGAGCUACAAGCAAAUUACCUUACUGCAUGUCUAUCAUCAUGUGCUAAUGACUUCUCCCGUAUAUUGGACUAUCCAGUUUUAUGGAUUUGGUGGACAAUAUACAACACUGGGUUUUUUGAACACCGGCGUUCAUGCUGUUAUGUACUUCUAUUAUUUCAUAUCAGCAAGGUAUCCGGAACUAAAGGGCAGUUUUUGGUGGAAGAAGUAUAUUACCAAACUACAGCUUUUGCAAUUCAUUCUUCUGUUUAUACAACCUUUCUAUGUGCUACUCUCCAAUCCUGGUUGUAAAGUCCCACUCUUCCUACAUAUCUUUCAAUUGAUUGUGUCUACUUCUAUGGUGACAAUGUUUAGUAGAUUUUAUUACUUGGCCUAUGUGAAACCAAAACCACAAAAAUUAUUGAAGCAAGAGUAGUUAUGAAAAACCACAUUCCAAAUAUAAUGUCAUUAACGUUUACAAACUUUUUAAUUAAUUGAC